AUGGUUGCCGAGAUCGCCAAGUGGGAGGCGGUCGGCGACGUCGACGUCGGCAAGAAGAUCAAGGCGCUCAAGAAGAAGGUGCGGCAGAUCGAGGAGCUGGAGGAGCGCGUCAAGGGCGGCGAGACGCUCAACGAGGACCAGCAGGGCAAGGUCGACAGCAAGAAGGAGACCGUCAGCGAGCUCGGCCAGCUCGAGGGGAUGCUCAGCCUCAAGCUGUGA